CAUCAGAAUAAGAUGAAAAUUUAAAAUGAUUAAAUUGAGAGCAGUAUUAAUCAUUUAUUUUUUAUGGUCCAGAGAUUUAUAUUUCAUAGUGUGACUGUGUGUCACAUAUUCAUUCAUGCUUUAUGCGUAUUAGAGUUUCUACAGUUAUUUAGGGGUUUGUGAGUAAAAACACACACAUACACAUGAUCUAAAAGAAGGAAAGGGGCAUUAAAUAGAAGCUGUGUUGUACUGAUGCGCUGAGUACAUGGGAGCCCUGGUUAAUCUUUAAAAACACACGUCUUGAUUGCAGCAGUGGGUGUUACUCGACCAAUCAAACAUUAGAAACAUAAUACUGUCAUUCAGUUUAUAAUUAAUCUGUGGAGUCAUGAUGUUGUAGUUGGUGGAAGGGUUAACACGAAGAGAGCGUUGUGUAAAGUUCACAGUGGAAAAUGUGUCCAUGCAGCUGCUUUGGAGUCUGUCUCCUCAUCCUCUACUGCCUCCCAGUCACCACAGGUGCUGUCUCCUCACCUGUCAUCACAUUAGUAGGGGUUGACAGAUCCAUCAAUGCAGUGGUGUUAGAGUGUGAGUCUGAAGGCUGGUAUCCAGAGCCUGAGGUGUUGUGGCUGGACGGUGAGGGAAACCUCCUCUCUGCUGGACCUACAGAGACAGUCAGAGGUCCUGAUGACCUCUAUACUGUCAGCAGCAGAGUGACUGUGGAGAAGAGACACAGCAACAGCUUCACCUGUAGAGUCCAACAGAACAAAACCAACCAGACCACAGAGACAGAGAUUCAUGUUCCAGAUGAGUUCUUCGUGGCCCCAUUGUCUCAAUCUUGGGCUGCCUAUGUCAGCAUGAAUGCUGUUUUGGGUUUAAUGGUUAUUUCUGCGAUUUCCUUUUCUGUGUGGACAUGGAGCCAAAACAAAACCACGACUGAGGUGAAUGAACAGCUUGAAACUAGAAGAGUAAAGACGAACUCAUCCAGAAGGAACCAAACUCAGGUUUGGUUGAACACCAACAGAGAAAGUGAAAGAAAACCACUGACGAAGCCUCAGACGGAGCCAGCAGAGGCUGUGGAAGUCGGACUGAUUGGACAGAUCAUCAGUCCAUCACCGGGCCAACACACAGAGACAAACAACCAAUCACGCUCACAGGUGAUUUCGAGUCACCAGUUAACCUGCGUGUCUUUGGAUGAUGGGAGGAAGCUGGAGAACCCGGAGAGAACCCCAACAUACAGAGGCCACACAGAGAAGUCCUGGACGAAUGAGAGCUCGAACCCAGAACUGGAGAUAGAGGCGGCAGUGCUAACCACUGCUCCACUGUGCCACCCACGUACAUCCACCCCCGACAGACAGGAAGUACCAACCACCAGCCGUGCUGUUCUGGAUCAGGUCAACCUGAGUCGCAAUUCUGUUCGUCUCAGAAAGAAGUCCAAAGAGAUGGUAAAUAUUGAGUUUCACACGACGAGUAGCAAAUACAAGUUUCCAGUGUCGACCAAGGAGGCUGGAAACAUGGUCACUUUCAGAGGUUCAGACGGAUCCAGGUUUCAAGUGGUGGAAAUGACAAUUCUCCAACGAAGGUCACCUGGAAAAAACUUAAAAACCCCGUGGGAGAGAUGAUGGAGGUGAGGACAGUUAGCUGUCGAUGGUGCUGAAGAUACAUGCUUCAACAAAUGAUGCUCAUGUCAACUAACAGAUGAAUUUGGUCUUUUUGAUAAUCCUUUAAUUUUUCCCGUCGCACCGUUAUCUGAUAAAUUCAUCAUUCAUCAUUUCGUUUAUGACCAAAUCUCUGCAAAAUGAAUGAGGAGUGUGAAAGUGUGGAAUCAUUAGCUCGCUUUGCUAAUCAAAUAUAAGGUUGAACUUGAAGGUCUUUUCAGUAUAAUAUUUAUAUACAGUAUACUCAUGUCAUUUAUUAUUGUUUUACAUUCUUUCAGAGUUACUUAUGAAAGGUACAACUUAUUUUUAGGUUCAAUCAAACGAUCAAAUGUGCAGAUGACAGAAACCAUCUUAUUACAUUCAUCUGUCUGCAGCUAAUGUUACUCUAAAGCUGCAGAGACGCUGACUAAUUUAUUAGAUUCAGUUACAUGUUUUUAAACUGCUACAGCUCAUCUGUUCUGUAAAUCACAUCAUGUACACUUUGAUUAGAAAACAAAAUCAGCAUCAGUAGAAAUCUCUGUUAAUGACAGCCUCAACAUUUAAUCCACUGUCAGUGUGUGUCCUUUAUCUGGUGAAGAGACUAACUUCCUGUGGUGUUGGAUGGCCGUCACAUGGACUUUGCCUUUUGUUUAUGUGUUUAUGAUCAGUGGUUUUUAUUUCUUACUGCCUGUCUCAUUACUCUGUUGUUUAUUUGUUAAUUUGUUGCAGAAUCAUCAGAUUAAAUGAAGUGUUUGUUAAUAAAGAGUGUAG